AUGAAACCAAGAUCUGUAGUAUGUUAUAUUUGUGGUAGAGAGUUUGGUUCCAAGUCUAUUUCUAUACAUGAACCACAAUGUCUUGGCAAAUGGAAGCUAGAGAAUGACAAUCUUCCCAAAAAUUUAAGAAGAAAAACCCCAAUUAAACCACAAAUUCUUCCAACUAUUGGUGGCAAUAGUAAUGAUACACAACGACUUAAUGAAAUGGCCUGGCAGAGUGCUCAGGCCAAUUUGAUUGCUUGUGAAAAUUGUGGAAGGACUUUUAACCCUGAUAGAUUACCAGUUCAUCAAAAGAGUUGUAAGCCAGGAAAGCCAAUGAAUCCUAUCAAAAAAUCCAAUGAUGCAGGUUCAAGUAAUGGUCGUGAUGUGCUUCGACCAAAAACAACCACUUUAUCAGGUCCAGACGUAUCAGAAUCUUCUGAAAGUAAACCAUCUGGUGGAUCUAUCAACAGGGAUAAAACAUUUGUUUCCAAAAACCAGAAACCUGCUCCUAAAAAACCUCAAGCUCCACGAUUUGUUCUCUGCUACAUCUGUGGACGUCAAUUUGGAACUCAAUCAAUUGAUAUUCAUGAACCUCAAUGUCUUGAGAAAUGGAAGAAAGAAAAUUCUCAGCUACCUAAAGAACAAAGGAGAAAACUGCCCAAAAAACCUGAAGGAAUCACUACUAAUGGUGGUCCUGUUGAUUAUGAAGCUAUGAAUGAGGCUGCUUGGCAAGCUUCCCAAGCUAAUUUGGCAACAUGUCCUAAUUGUGCCAGAACAUUCAACCCAGAUAGACUUGCUGUACAUCUCCGAGCUUGUAAGCCUAAAGAUGGCGGUCCUCAACCAGCUACCAGUACCAAUAGUGAUGUGGGAGGCGUCAAGGGAUCAAACUUUAAUGGAGGUUCAACAAAGAGAGAUCCAUCCCCACAGAAAGGUCCCAGAACUCUGGUAUGUUACAUCUGUGGUCGAGAAUUUGGCACCAAAUCAUUACAGAUACAUGAACCUCAAUGCUUAGAUAAAUGGAAAGUCCAGAAUGCCAAACUACCACGAGAACAAAGAAGACCUUUACCUAAGAAACCAAAGGGUAUUGGGGAAAGUGGAGAAAUUACAAGAGAGCAAAUGAAUGAAGCAGCAUGGGAGGCCUCCAAAGAACAGUUGGUACCAUGUCAGAACUGUGGUAGAAGAUUUGCACCAGAUAGAUUACCAGUACAUCUAAGAGCAUGUCGUCCUAAAACAGGUACAGUAAGAAAAGGUGGUGGACCUUCUAAUGCCGAGCCGCCACCCCCAAUAAAACAACCAGUUUAUAGACCUAGACCUACAGUAGUAUGUUAUAUUUGUGGUAGAGAGUUUGGUAGUAAAUCUAUUUCUAUACAUCAUCCACAAUGUUUAACUAAAUGGCAUAAUGAAAAUAAUAAAUUACCACGUGAACAUAGAAGACCUGAGCCUAUUAAACCAGAAGUACAGGCAAUAGGAGCAAGUGGUAAAUAUGAUAUUGAAGCUGUGAAUGAAGCUGCAUGGAAGGCUUCCCAGGCUAAUCUGGUACCUUGUCCUAAUUGUGGCCGUACCUUUAAUCCAGAUAGAUUGCAUGUACAUCUACGUAGUUGUAAACCUAAACCACCACCAGAAUAA